UCGACUGCUCGGGUCUGGCCCGCCCCCGGGCGCGGGAAAAUAAGUUUUUGUUGAGUUUUUACCCGGGCGGCGGCUGCAGUGAUCUGCUCAACCCGAACCAUUCCUCAGCGUCCUCGGCCUCUCCUUCUUCCUGGUCCCCCUCGAACCACACGAGUGCAGCCGAGGGGCCCAGCUCGCCGCCAUGUCCGAAGCUUAUUUCCGGGUGGAGUCGGGUGCGCUGGGACCCGAGGAGAACUUUCUUUCCUUGGACGACAUCCUGAUGUCCCACGAGAAGCUGCCGGUGCGCACCGAGACGCCCAUACCUCGCCUGGGCGCUUUCUUCCUGGAGCGGAGCGCGGGCGCGGAGCGGGACCACGAGCUGCCCCAGGGCUCGAAGAUUGAACUACCCUUGUGGCUGGCAAAAGGACUUUUUGACAACAAGAGGCGCAUCCUUUCCGUGGAACUUCCCAAGAUCUACCAACAGGCCUGGAGGACUGUGUUUAGUGCAGAUGCCAAUGUGGUAGACCUCCACAAAAUGGGGCCUCAUUUCUAUGGAUUUGGUUCCCAACUCCUGCAUUUUGACAGUCCUGAGAAUGCAGAUAUUUCUCAGUCUCUUCUGCAGACGUUUAUUGGACGUUUUCGCCGCAUCAUGGACUCCUCCCAGAACGCUUACAACGAAGACACUUCGGCACUGGUAGCCAAGCUAGAUGAGAUGGAGAGGGGCUUAUUUCAAACAGGCCAGAAAGGACUGAAUGACUUCCAGGGUUGGGAGAAAGGACAGGCUUCUCAGAUCACAGCUUCCAGCCUUGUUCAGAAUUAUAAGAAGAGAAAAUUCACUAACAUGGAAGACUGAAGGCCAGAAGAACCCAGGAUUGUUAUUGGUGGAUUUAUCUCGUUUAUGUCCUUGAUAAGACCUAGCUGACCUUGUACAGGAUCAGAUUGUAUCCCGUUUCAUAACUUACGUCCUGCAGUAGUUUCAGGAGUCAGGAUUAACUGGUUGGGAAAGGAUGCCCUGGCCCUGUGUGUCCUCUAGGCCUGUCCCACCCAGCCUGGGCCUUUUGACCCAAGAACCAUAGCCAAAGAGAAAUCAAAGUCUGUGCUAAAUAAGGAUCAAUGACAUACAUCACAGUCAAGUUGGAGCUGGGAUUUCUUGUGUUGGGGAGUUUGGGCAGCAUGAGAUGUCCCUUUCACUACCUGCAAAGGGCAGGUACAAAGUGGGUCAUCUUUGCCUGUUCACAUCAUGUUCUCUUGACUGUAUUUGCCUCAUCUUCCUCGUGGUUGAACAAAAGAUAGCACCCCCAUGAUGUUGGCCCAACUCGUAAAUAUCUCCUGCUGCCUGCCUGCAGGGAAUUAGCCCAAUUUCCAAAACACUCACCCAGUAGAGAGCAAAAGGGGAAGACAGGUGAAUGGCACAGCAGAGAAGAGAAGGUGUUGUUUUUGUCCUCUGGUAUCGGGGCUUUAUGGACUGGAAUCAUCACUCUGCUGCCAAGCUAGAGGGGACAUAGUUAAACUGAGCUCGUGUUUGUCUCUGAUCUUUGGAGCACCCGCGCACUUAUUCCAUUCCUGUCUAGAAAGGCUGUCAGGGAGUUGACCAGCCUUCGUUACAUCUGGAAAUUGGGACCAGAAGAUUGCAGAUUGUGAAGACCCCUGCUUAAAAAACAUGGCAAAGGUUAAGGGGCAAGUUGUUUUUGCUACAUUAUUAAGUGGAGGAUCCCUGACCAUUUAAGGGGAACUGUUUAAGCAAGCUUGAAACUCUUCCCGGGAGAGCAAGGAGGAACUCAGGCUGAGUAGGAAACAGUAUUUCCUGGGACCCAUGGACUGUCCAGUGGGCAGUUUUCUCCACACCACUGCUCCCUUUCCAGUCUCCCACCACUAAUGAACACUGUCUUAUUGUUGGAUGUUUUAAAGGAAUUGGGGUAUCCAGAUUGUGCAAAUAUCUUGAUGCAAAUUUAGAAUGACAAGUGUUUUUUUAA